GCAUUGCAGAUGUAGGAAUGCGGGUCGGAACAGAAUAUCAAGCUCGCAUCCCUGACUUUGAUCCUGGUGCUACAAAAUAUACUGAUAAAGACAAUGGAGGGAUGCUUGUGUGGUCCCCAUACCAUAGUAUUCCAGAUGCCAAGUUGGAUGAAUAUAUUGCAAUAGCAAAGGAAAAACAUGGAUACAAUGUGGAACAGGCUCGGCAGCAAACUGCAGUUUUAUGGAUCUGCAUACUGUUGUGGUCUGGAUUCUCUGCAAAAGACUGAGCUCUUUAUUUUUAUGACAUGCUCAGCUUGCAUUGCAGUUUUGAAAAGUUUGGUAUGAUUUGGUACACUGGGCAUGUCAUGUAAUUGUGUGUUUAUGUAACUUUAAAAACCCCAAGAUUUCUUGGCAAGUAACUUUUUUGUAUGGACUGGUGCAUUUUGGAAUUAAUAUUUUAAAUGCUAACAUUGAUUCAGUGUUCUUCAUGCUACAGUUCUAGAGGCAUUUCAGCUACGGGGCUAUAAAAAUAAUUCAGCAGGCACUUGGCAUGUUGUUCUGGCAUAAACAUAACAUUGAGAAGUCCCUUGCGGAUCUCCCUAAUUUCACUCCUUUCCCUGAUGAGUGGACAGUUGAAGAUAAAGUCCUGUUUGAACAAGCUUUUAGUUUUCAUGGGAAGAGCUUUCACAGGAUCCAGCAAAUGCUUCCAGACAAGACUAUUGCAAGCCUUGUAAAAUAUUACUAUUCUUGGAAAAAAACUCGAUCUAGGACAAGCUUGAUGGAUCGACAGGCUCGGAAACUAGCUAAUAGAAAUAAUCAAGGUGACAGUGAUGAUGAUGUGGAAGAAGCACAUCCAAUGGAUGGAAACGAUAGUGAUUAUGAUCCCAAAAAAGAAACCAAAAAGGAGGGCAAUAAUGAACAACCUGUUCAGACCAGUAAAAUAGGACUGGGUAGAAGAGAGUAUCAGAGCUUACAGCAUCGCCAUCACUCGCAACGUUCUAAAUGUCGUCCACCUAAGGGCAUGUAUCUGACCCAGGAAGAUGUUGUAGCAGUUUCCUGUAGCCCCAGUGCAGCUAACACAAUUCUUAGACAGCUGGACAUGGAGCUAAUCUCAUUGAAGCGCCAGGUUCAAAAUGCUAAGCAAGUAAACAGUGCACUGAAACAGAAAAUGGAAGGUGGGAUUGAAGAAUUCAAACCUCCUGAGUUGAAUCAGAAAAUCAAUGCCCGUUGGACUACAGAAGAACAGCUUCUUGCAGUACAAGGUGUACGCAAAUAUGGUAAAGAUUUUCAAGCUAUUGCAGAUGUAAUUGGCAACAAGACUGUUGGCCAAGUGAAGAACUUCUUUGUAAACUACAGGCGUCGGUUUAACUUGGAGGAGGUGUUGCAGGAAUGGGAAGCUGAACAAGGAACCCUGGCUUCUAAUGGUGAUGCUUCUACUUUAGGGGAGGACACAAAAAAUCCUUCUAAUGUGCCAUCAGGAAAGAGCACUGAUGAAGAAGAUGAGGGACAAGCCAUGCAGAUUACUCAAUGUUUAGGUCCUUCACCUCCGGCACAGGCAUCUGCUCCAGCACCAGCAACCCCUGUAGCAACUUUGAACCAGCCUCCCCCAUUACUUCGUCCAACACUUCCUGCUGCUCCCGCUCUCCAUCGUCAACCUCCACCACUUCAGCAACAAGCACGAUUUAUUCAGCCAAGACCAACUCUAAACCAACCCCCACCACCACUCAUCCGCCCAGCUAAUUCUAUGCCUCCUCGUCUAAAUCCAAGGCCGGUGUUAUCCGCAGUCAGUGGCCAACAGCCACCUUCACUUAUUGGAAUUCAGACAGAAUCACAGUCCACUCUGCACUAAAAAAGUGAAAUAGUUCUGACCUAUCAUAACUCCUUUGAUAAAAUGUUAUCAGUGUCCACCUCUCUCAAAUAAUGAAGGGGAGAAAAGAGCAAGCCUUCAAAGGCAUUGUGAAGCAGUUUUACAUAAAGGAGCAAGCUAAUAAUCUUAGCAGUGGAACCACAUGAACAGCCAUCUGAUUGAUCACAUGAAUGAAAGUAUAAAUUAUUUUUUUUUGUGCAGAAGACAUGUACAGCAAAACAGUGCAUACAGUUCAACCCUUAUUCAAAUGAAUAACCGUCAAAGGAAGCUAAUCUCUUAAGCAAAUAAAUGUUCUGUGCCCAAGAUUUUGUUUCAACUGAUUUUUUACACUAUUUAUUUUGUUAAAGUUCUUUAUAUUGAAACAUCUUAAUACAGGAAUGCAAAGAGUAGCAAAUCUAGGGACUGUGACAACUCCUUAACUGUAGAAAUUAGGGUGGGAGUGGAUGGAGGUGUUAUUGUAAUGUUUUCCUAUGUUAGGAGUGCAAGAAUUAAUAGUUAGCCUGCAGCUGAGAGAAACAAUGGAAGUAUUUCAUGCACUUUUAAACUGUAGACUUUUUUAUAGCUUUCCCUAAACAGACUUUACUUUCUUUAAAAAAUACUUUCUCAUUAAAUACUCCUUUUGAAAGAAGAAUCUGAAGAUAUGUUCAGCUAUUGUACCAAACAUGUUAAAUCUGGCAGUUGUGUGUGUUCUGAUCUUAUAAGCCCUCUGAUAUUAAGCAUUUGAUUUCCUAGUGCGAAAUUGUAGGAAGUGGAUAUGCCAGCAACUUCCAGGCCCAAGAUGAUGAUGGAACAAUACCACUGUUGCUGUGUGGCUAUUCUACUUAUUACACUUACAGUUGAAGUACAUUGGUUUUUAAUUCCUUUGUAAAUGGUCAUAUCGAGAGUUACACACACUAUAUUAUUGCUCUUUACCUAAGGCUUUAACUGGUAAUGCCCAUUAGCAGGUAAUGCAUCUUCAAACAUUGUGGCAGCGGGACUAUGUGAAAUAGCUUAAUUUCGUAGAAGCUAAACAAUUGUGAGAGCUUUCCCUUCCCCCAUUUGGGUUUUGUUUUGUUGUAUAUGCAUUAAAUCAAAUUCAAAGCAAUUAAAUAGUAACAAAGGUCCUCAUUUAGUGUUUAUUGAUCCUUCUACAUUUUUUUUUGGUUUGGAGUUGUGGGGUCUUCACUGAAAAAAGUAACUAUCCUGAUUAUUUGAAAAUAUAAUUUGCAUUUUUAGUGACAAUAGCUAAAAUGUGAAAUUGUACAUUUGUCAGUUCUCCCAAAAAAUGAGGUCAGAAACUUGGAUAAAAAACUGUUUAAAGUUACUGUUCUUAAAUGCUGUUUAGGAGCCAAUGCAGACUGGGUCAAGCUAUGGGAAAAUGUUUGCAUUUAAAAACUGUCCCCUGCAUCCAUAACUUGCUGUUCUUAGCUUAAUGGAGACUGGCCUUAUACUGGGUCUUCAAUUUCAAAUUGAAAUUUGCAUCCUUAGUCUCCAAUAAAUUCAGGGGUUCAAUUGUCCUGAUGUUUUGAGGUCUAACAGUUUUGCUGAAAUCUUGUAUCUGUGCAAAAGCAGUUCUUGUAGCAGCUUUUACCUACUAUAUUUGUAACUUAAAUCAGAUGUGUAGUCUUGUGUUUAAGGUGUCAGCCCAACACUUUUCAGAAAUAGUACACUUAAGAGACUUUGCUUUUUGAAACAUCUGUCUCUGCUAAUGUGCUUAGCUCUAAAUACAGAAGCCUCUUUUUGGAGUUUUCUUUCACACUAAAAUUAGAUUCCCAGCAACCACGUGAACAUUAAAUAGUGGCUGUUCUAGAAAGAAAAACAGCAGUAUAAAACAAAUUAGGAAGACUUCUUCAUGAUCAUUGGAUUGUUUGAGAUCAAAAGGACCCCACAAACAACUAUGACCUCCAGACUUUCAAGCAGACAAAAAUCCUGUCUUGUGCAUUUUGAUAUAACUGUUUAUCUAAUUUUAAUAGAUACCUAAGUAGAAUGCAUCUUUUUUUUUUUUUUUUUUUUGGUUUUGUUUUUUGUAAGUCUUGGUAUCAAGUCUCCCUAGUGUGUAUACUGUACCUUUGCUAUUUUUUGUCUUGUCUAUUGUUAAUAGAAUUUCAGUAUGCAAAAUGUUGGGUGUUGCAUUACAGUUAGACCCCAUUGACUGCUGUCAAACUGUUUAGUACAUUGUAAUUCAAUUUAAUCCUGUUUAAAUAUUCUGUAACUGGGCAAAGGUGCUGUAUUGGCAGGCAAGGGUGUAGUGUAAUUUAGUUUACGUACACUGUGACGCACAGUAGGGAAACCAUAGUAGUUGUAGUACUAAACAUAUGUACAUAGCAAAAUGUCCUUUUUAUUGUGUGCUUUGUAGAAUAUGUGCAUACAGUUUGCACGUCUUGUUUUGGAGGUGGGGGGUUGUUUUUUAAAUAGUGUUUUUUGCCUGGAACAGUGAUAUGCUUGCUGCUUAAUCAAAUGAUUAAAGUUUUAAAGGAC